AUGUGCUCUGGGGACCCCACUUUGAGCACCACUGCUCUGCAGGCUCUGAGCUGUGAUCUGACUGUCACGUGCGUCCAAACACGUGAGCCCAGCGCCAGCGCACUGGGGCGGGAGUGUGCCGAGGGGCCUCUGUGCGCGAGCUUGGCUGCUGGCCACGGUUUCCUGCCCACCGGACCUCUGCAGCCCACGCUGACGCCGAAGCACAGGACGCUGAGCUGGUUCCCCCCCGCCCCCCAGGGGGAGACCAAGGGCAGGAGAGUGGCCCUUGCUGGCUGGGUUUGUGCCGCCCGCUGCCUGGCUGCCGGCUCGUCCGCCUUUUCCCACGGCGCCAGCUGGGUGGCCUGCGAGGACAUGCAGCCCAGACAUCAAGCCCGGCCUCAGGCCCCCAGGCCCCACCAUGUCACCAUUCACACCAGCAGGUCUUCCUACUCGCCGGGAGACACCGUGUCAGUUUGGGAGCGGGGCGUGGAACCCCCGGGGGCCAGGCGAGCAGCAGCCAUGACUUCACGGGGUUUCUGCUCCGAUCACUGCACAGCCGGCACCUUCCUUCUGGCGCCUCCUCACUCCAAACCGAUGACUUGUUCUGAAGAGGGGGACACAGUCACCCAUGGUGACAAGGCCGGGAGAGAAAGCUGUCCUGCGUGUGGACGGCCCGCCCAGCGCGUGGGGCAUCGGAUUCCUUUGCUUUCCCCUCACCUCGUGGAUGUGGGGGAAGCUGUGCCUAAGGGUGGCGGCAGCCAGACCCCACGUCUCUCUGGCUUCCCUCGGCACUGGGCACAUUUAUCAGUCAUCCAGUCACAUUUUGUUUACUGCGCAAGGACCGAAUCAUCUGCUGUGUCUCAUCAGACACAGCCCUGUGGAGCCCGGGUCACUGCUCCCAGGCUCCCCAUCGCUCUCUCGCAGCAGCGCUCAGACACCCUUGCUGUUGCCGUCGCUGGGGCUGCAGAGGAGGACAGCGUAGACCCUGCUCCUGCCAGGGACUGGGUGUCAGCGUUUCCUGGGGGUGCAGAGGCCGUGUUCCAACCACCACAUGCAGCUACUGCCGUCAGCAAUGGCCAGCCACCCAGCAGGGAUGGCGACCCAACCCUAGAUCCCUCCCUGGAUGUCCGUGGGCUGGUGGCCCUCAGGAGACUGUCCACAGAGGGCUUUGCUUCCAGCCCUGGCACCCACCACAGGAUUCAGGAUGAUCCAAGCUUUGAUUCAUCGGAAACUUGCCCGCCCUUGGGUAGGAAUGAGCAGGACGAGAGGGAAGCCUCUAACAGGACCGUGACGAGGCCUCUUCUGGACACCGUGCACCCUGCCAAUCCCCACCACCGUUGGCCUUCCGAAGCUCUGCUGGGAAUGGGCGGGGCAGCCAACCCGACACCCGUCUUCCACACCUCCGCGUCUCCUGGGCCACCCGCCGCUGCGGGCCAGCGGGCAUCCGGGCCCUCUGCCAGCUUCUUGCCUCAGUCAAAGCACAAGGAGCUCAGAGUGGGGGAGGGAAAUGGAGGGGACAGAGUGGGCUACCCCAGGAAGACCCACCCAGGGCCUGAAGGUGGGCGAGAGGGAGCCAGUGACCCUUUGGGGAUCCAGCUCAAGACUCCCCGACUGGGAGUCCUGCUUCGCCUUUCGGCCACCUUGGGCAUGGUUCUGGCUGCUGCCCCUUGCUACCUGCACACCCAGUGCAGCCACAGGCAGACGGAGGUGUCCUCCGGGCCUGCCGAGGACGCUGUUGCCGGGAGCGAUGGGGGUGAGACUGUGCGCAGGCAGAUCGGGGAGAACCGCUGUGUUCCGGUGGAAGCCGAAGGCGACUGGAUCAGCCCUCUGUGGCAGCCAGAAAGCAGUCCUCCGAGAAGCCCGUCGUCCUUAGACCCCACAGUUCUCAGCCAGAGCACAGCCGACGAGCGCAGGGACCCGCUGGGCUGCUGUCGGGCACCGACUCCCGUGGCCCUGCGCUGCCUCCGUGGCCUGAAGGAGCCCACAGAAGUGAAAACCGUGUCCCCGCUCCGCGCCAGCCUCGUCUGA